CAAGAAUAAAAAUGGGGGUAGAACAAAUGAGAAACACAUCAUUUUCAAUGAAAUUUAUACCUCUCGGCGCAUGAAUUUUCGUAACAAAAUUUUUGCAAAUUCACCUAAUACACUUCCAUAGGCUCCUACAAUAAAUAAGGGAAUAUAUGCGCGUGAUAAGGACUUCCCGAUGGUAGACUAAGUUUUCUAUGUUAUUCUCUAAAUCGCACUUAGAAAACACGUGUGCGGAUCGAAGAAGCGCACAAACUGAUAUCUAUGUUUUCUUAUUAGGAAUGGAACAUUGGGGUUGGCGCCCAAUGGAACGCACAUUCAAGCUUUGUGUUCCGUAGAACAGCAUGGCAACAGAGGUUGCUGCAAAUGUCAAUUGUGAUGAAGAAAUUACAGCACUGGGCCGUGUCCAACAAGCGAGAGACGACACAAUGGAAAAUGCAGACAGGCCUUCUGAAUUCAACACAACCGGGAAGGGAACGCAACCUCAUGACCCCAGCAGCGGCGGAGGACACGGAGGAGUACCCGGUCCUAUAGCUGAUGGGCAAGUAGGAGUAAGAAUUAAUAAUUCUAUGGAUUCUCAUGGUCAGCAAUCGAUGAAUAUGUCGAAGGAUGGUAAUGUGACAAAGACGCCAAACUGCAACUCAACAGGCCAGUCAGACGGCGUGCUUCCGCAAGCGGGUCGUCCAAACGCAGGCUCGUACAACGGGCCAAGUCCAAACGUUGAUCCCUUUUCUAGCGGUGCUUUACCUCAAUACAUGGAGAAUAGCAGUGGUAAUAAACAAGCGUCUUUUGGUCAAGAUGGUUAUGGUGGUGGAUAUUUUGGAAAUAGAAACAAUGGAGGGUAUGGAAUGAACCAACAUGGCGGACCUGGUAUGACAGGAAAUGCAAACUCUGGUGCUGGAGCCCCAAAUCAAGCCAUGGCACACACAAGCACAUACAAUCAGUUUGAUGGGAAUAUGAACUCCAGGCCAGGAUACCCAAAUAUGUCAAAUCGCAGUGGAAUGGGCUCACCGAUGGGCCCAGGCAGUUCGGCCGCUUAUGGCGGCUCACACAAUCCACGAGCGUAUGGGCCAGGAGACCGAAUCUCGAGCACAGCUCCAACUCUUUCACAACUUUUACAAGGACAAAAACACCCUACUCACAGUUUUUCAGGAAAUUUUUCAGGGCACAGUGAUGUGAGCCCAGGAAAGGGACCUGAUGCUGGUUCGAUGGGAAUGAUGGGACAAGGAGGUCCUUAUCAAUCUCAGUGGCCCAAUAGAGGCCAAAUGCAACAUCCAAUGGGACCAUAUGCUCAACGCAGUCAGAUGGGAAUGAUGCCUGAUGGUCAGAGCCCUAUGCAGAAGAGACCAUAUCCUGGUGGCCCUCCUGGACCCUAUCAGAAUCAGUAUGGUGGCCGCCAGUUCUCGGGCAUGUCACCUCAGAUGUACCCCAACCCAAUGUAUCCUGGUAAUCGGUCAUACAAUGCACCUGGCGGUGGCACCAGUGGUGGGGGCAGCAGUGGUGGUGCUAGUGCCGGUAGUGGUCAGUUUCCUCAACAGAUGUCCCCUCACUAUGGUCUAACAAGCCAGUCGCAAGGCACCAACUACAGUUCUCCUUCGGGCUACUCGCCUCAGGGAGAUGGUAGCGGUGACGGCAACAGUGUUUGGGGACCACCCUCCCAAUCCAUGCAACACCAAGGACCACAAUCACAAAUGUGGAACCAACAGCCACAGCCACAGCAAAACAUGGUUCAUUCUCCCCAUCCCCAGCAACCACAAUCACAACAACCAUCACCACAUUCUGGGCCACAGUCCCAACAAAGUAACCAACCCAAUCAGCCACCACAGUCACAGACUGGUCCUGGGGAAACCCAGCCAACACCGCCUGCACAACCACAACAACAACAACAAGAGCAGCGGCAACAGCAGGAGCAACGGCAACAGCAGCACCAAACAUCACAACCUCAACAAAACCAAAACCAACAACAACCCACUUCCUCUCAGCAACAAAGGAACUUCCCAAGUAGUAGAAGUAGUAACAGCAACCAACAAUCUGCAUCAUCGCAGAAUUCGUCAUCUUCAUCAUCGUCCAAUAAGGCAGAUGGUUCAAUGAAUAGACCGCCAAGCCUACCAGACCUAUCAGGAUCAUUAGAUGAUCUUCCUACAGGAUGUGACUUCAACAGCCAGUCAUCGACUUCAUCAGGAGGGGCAGCAGCAGCGACAACGACUGGUUCAACAGCGGGCAACUCCAGCAGCCACGCCACCGCCAACACAAGCAGCAGCUCUACCAACCACAGUGGAAGUGGGGGUUCAUCCACGUCUACCGCUCCACCCCUCUCUCCCGCCACCUCAGUGCAUUCGGUACACUCGCCCCAUGUGCAUCCUUCUGUCACGGCCCUCAGACCUUCCCCUUCACCUGUAGGAUCACCUUCAAGCCAUUUAUCACGCUCUUCUCAAUCGCCAGCUAGUGUUCAUGGUGGGUCAAUGACACCUCAGCCAUCUCAGCCCCCUUCAAACACACCGGAAGCUCCUUCACAGACACCACCAUCAGCUUCAGCAGAUAGCAGAGGAUACAAUCAGCAUGGGAUGAACUGUGGUAAUAGCAGUGGUACUGGUGGUUCCGCACAAAAGCCCCCUCCUUACAAUAGCCAGCAAGGACCUGCGUCCAAAUUGCCUUCCCAGAAUCCUUCAGGUGGGAUGGGCGGGGGCCCGCCCCAGUAUUGGGGCUACCAGGGCCAAGGUGGCGCUGGUGGCACUGCUGGUGGUUACUACAACCAAAAUAUGAGUCAUUAUAACCAGCAAGGUAACUAUGGAAGGCAGACAGGGCCACAGGGAUAUGGUGGUCAUCAUGGCAAUGUACCGAGCUCUGCACCAAACAACUCUGGCAACAUGAGCUAUGAGCAACGGAUGCGAAACAAUAGUAGUGGUAGCAGUGGUGGGGGUAGUGGUAUGAAUAUGGAAAACAACUCUCAACAUAGUGGAUACAACUCAAGCAACAUGCCCAAUGCUAGCCAUGGGAUGGGAGCUAACAACCAAUCUGGACCUAACAACAUGAGCCCAAAUGUAGCACGUGGUGGACCAGGCAUGAGCCCUACGUACGGAUAUGGACCAAAUGCUCAAGGGCAGAUACAUAGGACAGAUAACAUGGGCUCUGGCCCUUCUCCUGGACUUUCCCCCGGUCCGUCUCCAGGACCUGGUGGUGCGGGGGUCGGUGGAGGAGCUCAGGCAGCAGCUGCAGCUGCUGUUGCUGCCGCAGCAAACUCUGCCCACCUCAACAAGAGGAACCAGUACCCUUUGAACCAGCAGAUGCAAGGACAGCAACCGCCUACACCCCUCCCCAACCAGCAGCAGGGUUCAUUUCCCCAAUCCUUUCCCCAGCAGCAGCAGCAGCAGCAGUGGAACCAGCAGUCGUUUAGGCAACAUCAACAGUACAGCCAGGGCAAUGGUCCCCCGUUUUCUGGUGGUGUGCCACCGACAAGUGCAGACCAAACAAACUUUAACCAAAUGCCUUCUUCAGUGCCCAAUGAUGCUAUGCAUGGUUACAUGCAUCCUAGUUCUGGUAACCAGAUGCCUCCUCAUACAGCUGCAACUACAAUAGCCAAUACUAAUUCUGGAAGCAACAGUACGUCAGUAACCCAGAGUAUCACAACUCCAGUAGCAUCCUCUGUCAGCUCACUCACACCAAGCACGGCUAGCGAAUCGAGUAGAGAUGCCGGCACUCCUGGAACACCUCAUUCGAUUAUCAAGGAGGAAAAUGUAUUGUCCAGACCUCCAUCAGUUCAUUCCAGACCGUCACCUUUAGCUUCACCUGGGGCGAUGAGUAAAUCCUCCCAGGAAGACAUGGCUAAUACCCCUAGCCCUGGGAUGGGUAUGCAACAGGCAUCAGGACCAGGACAUCCACCACAGCCACAUCAGCCACACCAACCUCCCCCUCCCUACCCUGGUAUGUACCACCAACAACAUCAGUCCCUUCCCCACCCCCAGCAUCACCCGCCACAACACAUGCAGCAGCAGCAACAACAUCAUCCACAUCAACAGCAGCAUCAUCCUGGCCAACAGCCACCAACACCACAACAUCCUGGCCAGCAUCCACCUCCGCAACAUCCUGGGCAGCAGCCGCCGUACUCGCAACAGCCACCAACUCCGCAACAGCAACAAGGAGCUGCUCCGGUCACUCCACAACCAGCACCUACCCCCAAAACUACGGCAUCUUCAACAACGACAACCACCACUUCGAAGUCGAAGAAGGGUCAAUCGCAGGAGCCUGCUAGUAAACUUACCAGUCUGAACUUGCCUAAAAAGUUGUACAAGCUGUACGAGUUGUGCCCUCACCCGGAGAGACGUGCUUUUCUGGAUCGUCUCUUCAAGCUAAUGGAGGAUAGGGGCCAGCCCAUCCGCACCAUGCCACAGAUCAGCAGUCACGUCCUGGAUCUCUUCAAGCUCUACAACACUGUCAAAGAUAGGGGUGGUGUUAUCAAGGUGUCGAAGAGCAAGCAAUGGAAGCAGAUUGCAAUUGAAAUCUCUGUAGGCAACUCCAACAGUGCGGCCUUUACAUUGAAGAAGAACUACAUCCGUCACCUGCUGGCGUAUGAGUGCCUCUUUGAUAGGGGUGGUAUAGACCCACAGCAGAUCCUGGCAGAGAUUGAUACUACCUCCACAAAGAAGUCAAAGGACUCUUCAUCAGCAGCAGCGGCGGCAGCAGCAGCAGCAAUGAAUCAUCACCCCAAUCCUAGCGAUCCCUACUCGCAGUUUGGUCCUCAGGGAGGCAAGCCAGGCUUUCCACCCAUGCCCAACCAGAUGCACGGCUACGGCCCGCCCUCCAUGUACGGAAACAACAUGGGGCCCAUGGGUCCACAUAUGGGUCCACGUCCGAACAUGCCCAACAGCAACGUCCCUGGGAACAUGCAUCCGGGAGGCCCAGGCGGGGACAUGUCAGCUAACAGCGUGAUGGUGUGUGACCCUUUUUCGGAUAUGGACUAUCAGCAUGGAGGGCAGCAGCAGCAACAGCAACAAGGACCUUACCCGGGACAAAAUGCAAUGAAUGGUUCAUUCCCGCCCAACAGCCAUGCUGCCAUGAACCACCAGUUUAAUAGGAACAAUAUGGGAGGAGGGCCACCCAGUGGUCCGGGGGCCUCGGGCGGAGGAAACAAUAUGCCCUUUGGAGGACCUCCAGGGCCUGGAGAGUCUGAUCCGUAUUCCAUGCCAAACAGGAACAUGCCUUGCAACGACCCAUACGCAAUGAACAGCUACACGAGAAGGGGUAACAUGGAUCCCUACAGUGGCGGAGGUGGUGGUGGUGGUAGUGGAGGAGGAGCAGGUGCUGGCCAGGGAUCUGGUCCGAUGAACCAGGCCAAUGCUGGGCAGUAUGCUGGAGGAAACCACCCACCUGGUGCUCCGAACUUUGAUCAAAACAGGUAUAGUGCAUCACCUACAACGCACAUGACACCAAGUCCUAAUCAAGGACCACCAUCAUCGGGUCAGUCUAUGAUGCCUCCAUUCUCCAGUUCCUCCACACCAGACCCACAGCAGCAGCCUCCAUUUACUUCCCGCUUUGGCUCCAGCUCUAGGCCUACCACACCCAGUGACUCUCAUACCUCGGCUUCCUCAUCCCCAUUCCUUCCCCCGCCAUAUUCUGCAGCUGGGCCUUCACCGGCUAAGCAGUCUCAAGGACAGCAGCCACCUGCAACGAGUCAGGCCAGCCCGAGUGUUCCACCAUCUCAACCCGCCCAGUCCCAGCAGCAGCAGCAGCAAAUGCCGCAAAAGCCACCAACCCCAACCCCUACCCCGCCAAAAGGUCAAACCCCUCCACAGCCUUCACCACAGUCUGGGCCUACUUCCCAACCAUCAGGACCUCCUGCUCCAGGCCAGCAGCAGCAGUCACAGUCUGGUGGUAUGCCUCCAUCAAGUCAGCCUCCUCCACAGUCUUUUGGCAAUGAUCCAAUGAGAAUGAAUUUUCCCCAGAAAAGACCAAGUGAUGUCUUUCCACCACCCCCUAAGCGGCCAGACUUCAUGGGGCCAGGCCAGCACACUGGGGAUGGGAGCCACGGCAGUGGACCAGGCUUCCAUGGUAUGCCUCCUUACAGCUCGCAGCAGGGAAACUUCUCCCAGGGUGGGUACGGCAGCAGCGACAGGCCCAUGGGCCCAAGCUCGUUCCCGCCCGUGUACAACGACAGACAACAAUCACCACACCCCCCUCAUGGCCCUGCCCUAGGUAAUCCUGUAAACUCCUACCACCCGCCGUUUUUCAAUGAACCCGGACCCUGGCCAGCAUCUAGUUCAGGUAUGGAUGGUCCACCCAUGGACAUGUACAACCAGAGACACGCCCCUACCCCUUCACCUCGCAAUAUCCCUGGUCCAGGCCCUCCUAUGAGGGAACCAGGCUGGCUCAAUUCUAACUAUCCCUUUCCCUCUGAUCAAGGUGCUAAGCGAGACGGGAUUCCACCGGAAGGAUACGGCAAAGGCAUGCCUCCACCACCGGCCUCCAGCCACUCUGGUCUUGGUCCGUCUCCAUCCUGGGGCAGCGUACAACAGCGUCCACCAGGUAGCAUGAUGAAUCAGAGUCCAUUCACCGGGGCCCGGACGCUCCACUCUGUCCUCACUCAGGGAAUGCCACCUCGUGGUAGCAGUCAUCACCCGCAUCCCAUCUCCAGCAUGCAGGGAAUGAAGCCUCCUCAUAAACCACAGCAACCUGUGUAUGCAUCAUCACAGCAGAAAAAAGAGAUGACUUUCCCCCCAGAUUCAGUAGAGGCAACUCAACCCAUAAUUGUCAAGACCAAACGCAAGACAAGUAAAGAUAUUGGUGCUGUGGAGGCUUGGAAACUGAUGAUGUCCCUGAAGUCAGGCUUGUUGGCAGAGACCACCUGGGCUCUAGAAGUUCUGAGUGUCCUACUCUUUGAUCACCACACCGUGAUGUACUUUGAUCUCAAGCAAAUGAAAGGACUCUUGGAGAUUGUCUGUGAACAUUACAGAGCCCUCCUUAUUGAGAUGUUUGGUUGCUUUGAAGAUCUUGAAAUAAGGACUAAAAGCCAAUUGGAACGUCGCAUCCAAUCUUCAAAGACUGAGGUCAAGGAAGAAAUCAAAGAAGAGGUUCAGGACGAGGAGCGUGAUGAGGAGAAGCUUGAAGACAAUGUGGUAGAGAAUGAUAUUGAUAUUAAUGGAAAGUGCACAAAUGAUAAGACUGAAGCAGAGCUUCUUGCGGAAGCAGCCGACUGUGCUGAUGUGGAGAGAUUGCGUGGUGUUGACAAAACAAAACCCAUCAAGUUUGAUGGGGUACAAAGCGGAUACUUCUGCAACCAGCAAGAAUGGGACGUGCACGAAGGGUUCGAUGCUGGUUCGUUACAUUGGCAGGAAGGCGGAGGAGAAAUGACCAAACAUAUUUUGCGUGUUUUUGAGAGGAUUGAAUCGGACGAGGACAAAGAGAAUAGUGAUGCAAGACGGACCACAAUAGAGUGGUUAACACAUUGUAGUGAAGAAUUGAAGGCAAUCAGAGACUUCGAUGUUGUAGAGGAAGAAAAGCAUGUAAUAUAUGUUUCUGAAUCUCAGAAAAAGAAAGGGGAGGUCGUACUGGAAGAUGAAGAGCAGUUUGUCAAUGAUACCCCUUCACUGGUGACAACAUCUGAUAUGCAAACUGCAUUUGGACAACGCUGUGUCUGUGUUUCCAAUAUAAUCAGGAGCUUGUCAUUCAUACCUGGUAAUGAUCUUGAGAUGGCUAAACACCCAGGUCUCAUCACAGUGCUUAGUCGCAUCCUUCUUCUACAUCAUAGUCAUCCACGCAGGAAAGAGCUGCCCCAAACUUAUGACCGUGAUGACCAGGAAGACUUGGAUCUAGAGUGCCCUAUUACCAACUCUCACAGAUGGUGGUGUGAACACCUAGAGUGCAUGCGGGAAAAUGCACUUGUUACCAUCACCAACUUGGGUGGUGUCCUGGACAUGUCAAAAUAUGUUGAAAGUGUGACUCUACCUAUGCUAGAUGGACUUCUGCAUUGGGCAGUGUGUGUGUCGGCCUGUGCUCUUGAUCCGUUCCCAACCAUGUCUAGUGACUCUCCCCUAACCCCUCAGAGAUUAGCUAUUGAAGCUCUUGCAAAGCUCAGCAUCCAAGAGAAUAAUGUGGACAUGAUCCUUGCCACUCCGCCGUUCCACAGACUCGAGCGCCUCUAUGCCACCUUGACCCAGUACCUCGGUGAACGUUCAGAUCCUGUCAUGCGGGAGCUCUCGUUAGUCCUUCUCAGCAACAUUGCUAGGUCAGACAUGACGGCUAGUCGUGCCAUCGCCACCAAGAACUCUGUUGUCUCGUUCCUCUUGCGCUACAUUGAGGACAGCGAGUACACCAUGUCAUGUGAGAAGAACCCGCCUCACAUGAUAAACCCUGAUCUAGCGAAGCCCAGUCAUGACAUGAUGCGUAGGGCUGCUGAUGCUCUUGCAAGCUUGGCUCGAGUCCCAACCAACAAGGCGCUCUUCCUUCAGCAUCAGAACAGACUGCUUAAUCUCUCCAUGUCACCUCUUUUAGACUCUGAAGUUAAGGAGAGAGUAGCAAGUGCAUUAUAUGAAUUGGCACUUUGACCAAAAUACCUUUAUUAUAAAGAUGAACUCUGUGGAUGAAUUUCUCAUAUUAAUUUCUUUGGAUUGUAUUUGUGAAAAUGCUGUGAACACAACAGACUUCUCACUCUCUUAAAUUAUGGUGAACAGCAUCUUUUAAUUCUGAUAUUUUACUCUGGCUUCAUUAUUGUUCUUUGGUGAUGAUUUUUUUUUUUUAGGAAUAUUAGUUGCAAUCUUUUGGUAGAACACUGGGUUGGAUGUGGUACUGAUGUAAUUACAACAUUCCUAUUGACAUUCUUUGAUUGUAAUUGUCAGUUAUUGAAGGUUACUGCAACUUUCCU